AUACAUGGAAAAGAAAUCACACCUCUCAUGUGUUUGUGCAGCACGCACGAUCAUUUUUUUUUAUCAUUUGGUUCGAUCGCUGAUCUCGAUCCGAAAUUUCAAGCCGCAUGUCGCCGGCACUGAUUUCGCACGGUCAUUUCUCCGCGGUUCUUUGCACGCAUAAGCCGUCUCAGAGUUUGUGUUUGGGGGAGCGCGUCGGGCUGAAGAAUGUGGAAAAGUGGAAGAAAUGCAUGAAAAUGCGCCGGGAUACUCUCGCAGCAUUUUAAUAGGUUGCAGCUCGCGAGCCGACAAGUACAGACAUCAUUCCUCCGCUAGACAAGCGCGUGGACAGACUGCCUUUCCUCUUUAGUUCGCUUUGGCUUUUAUUUUUUUCAACAAACACCUGCGUUUCAUUCAGCACGCUCGGAAAAGGACAAUGUCUUUUUCCCUUCUUUUUAAAUCCAAGCGUGCGCGUCGGAGAUUUUUGUUCCGGUCUUGAUUCUUUUCUCGGUUCCUGGAGGUGUUAUUGCAAUUGAAGUGUGUCAUCAUUUGCUCCGAACAAGAGCAGGAACAUGCUCGGGGAUUCAAUCGAGAGAUAAGGGGGCUUUUCCAGUACAGGCUAGACAAAUCUUGGACAUUUGCGAGCGUUUUAUUGCGAUACGCACACGCGCACCGCGCGUUUUUUUUUUUGUCCUGCUUCUGCUUCAUAUAAGGUUGUACUAUGGACUACAAGCUCUGACGUCUGCAUCAGAUAUUUUCUGCUGCAUUUCUUUAAAUGUGCAUCUUUUCUCCCCUGCGACUUUGAGAGGAACGUCUCGACCAUCAGCAGCAGGGGAUGCAGAUUUCAUUUUUUUUUUCUUUCCCACCUCCAACCUUUACAGCUGAGGGGGGGAAUAAAUAAAAAUAUCACACACUGUGGAGCACCCCCUCUUUGAAGGAGCAUCAGUGGAGUCAUGGCUUGUCCACAGCUCUGGACCUGGAAACUGCGACGACAGGUGUAGAAGAAGACUGAUACACUUCCAUUUUUUUUUCCUUUUUUCAUCGUCAUAUUUAUUUUUUUCUCCAUGGUUUGCUUGAAGAAGACUUUCCAGCACUUUUUCCAGAAGUCCUGUCGAAGCUGAGAGAUGUCUGAUCUUCUGGUGUUGAUCGAGGGGGUCUCUGACCUGCACGGAUUUCCAUAGCUGAAGAAUAACAGCUGGGACCUAUUAAAGAUUUUCUUUUUCUUUUCUUUUUCCCCCCUUUUUCUUUUCUUUUUUCUUCUUUUCCCGUUUCUUUUUUUUCCGCGGGGCUAUCACAAAUGUGUGCGCUGGUGCUUUGAUCUCAGUCGUUCAUUUGGCCUUUUUUUUCUCCCAUCCCCUUCUGUUGGAUUCUUUUUUCUACUUCUUGUUCUUCUUCCCUUUCUUCUCUUUUUUUUUUUUUUUUUUUGUAACGUCGGUUUGGAGCACGGGCGGUUGGAUUACUGAAAUUGAAUUAACGGAUUUGUGGAAAUGUUGGGUCCUCAAGAAGACAAAUUAUGUGGAAUUGUUUCUGCUCUGGCGGCCUUGUCCUUUGUCUGCUUUGCACAAAGCACCUCCACCGGAAGUACCGGAAUAUCUGUGGCCAAGACGACAGUGGACAAAUUGCUGAAGGGGUAUGACAUCCGCCUUCGGCCAGACUUCGGAGGUCCUCCAGUCAUUGUGGGAAUGAGUAUAAAUAUUGCCAGUAUUGACUCCAUUUCAGAAGUCAACAUGGAUUACACCAUCACCAUGUAUUUCCAACAAAGCUGGAGGGACAAACGGUUGGCCUACGCUGAGAUGGCUUUGAACCUCACUUUGGACAACCGUGUGGCUGAUCAGUUAUGGCUCCCAGAUACCUACUUCCUGAAUGACAAGAAGUCUUUCCUGCAUGGUGUGACGGUGAAGAACCGAAUGAUUCGGCUCCAUCCAGAUGGCACCGUUCUUUACGGACUGAGAAUAACCACUACAGCAGCCUGCAUGAUGGACCUGAGAAGGUACCCCCUCGAUGAACAGAACUGCACCCUAGAGAUUGAGAGCUAUGGGUACACCACAGAUGAUAUCGUGUUCUUCUGGCAAGGUGGGGACAAUGCCGUGACAGGUGUGGACAAACUGGAAUUGCCUCAGUUCUCCAUUGUGGAGCUACGUCUUGUGUCCAGAGAAGUGAGGUUUACUACAGGUUCAUACCCUCGGCUGUCGUUGAGUUUCCGCAUCAAGAGGAACAUAGGCUACUUUAUCCUGCAGACUUACAUGCCCUCAAUCCUGAUCACAAUCUUGUCCUGGGUCUCCUUCUGGAUUAACUACGAUGCCUCUGCUGCUCGUGUGGCCCUGGGUGUAACUACGGUGCUCACUAUGACAACCAUCAACACCCACCUGAGGGAGACCCUCCCAAAGAUCCCCUAUGUGAAAGCCAUCGAUGUCUACCUCAUGGGCUGCUUCGUCUUUGUUUUCCUGGCCCUGCUCGAAUAUGCCUUCGUAAACUAUGUGUUCUUUGGAAGGGGACCCCAGCAGCAGAAAAAGAUCAACGAAAGGCUAAACAAAGCCAACAACGAGCGUCCCCGCUAUGAGGAGAAGCGUCUGAGAGAACAGGACUCCAUUUCAGCGCCGUUUCAAAGCAACACCCUCAGGUCAUAUACACAGCGAAGAAAUCUGUAUCUCGAGGAACAAAGAAAAGUCGGGGUGGACGCUUAUGGAAACAUUCUUCUCACCACUUUGGAGAUGAACAAUGAGGUGAUGCCGUCCGACGUUGGCAGCAGCGUCAGUGACUCACGGAACUCCGUCAUGUCCUUUGACAGCUCCGGAGUGCAGUUUCGCAAGCCCAUGGCUUCUCGGGACGGGUUCAGCCACCAUUCGUUGGACCGCAGCGCCAUGCGCAGUCGUGCCAACUGCAGGCUAAGAAGGCGCUCGUCCAAGCUGAAGCUCAAAAUCCCCAACUUGACGGAUGUUAGCACCAUUGACAAGUGGUCCCGGGUCAUUUUUCCUAUCACUUUUGGAUUCUUCAACCUUAUCUAUUGGUUGUAUUACGUGAAUUGAUAUGUGUUCCCCUAGGAAACAUGGGCCAUAUUUUGAGAGCACAUUGAAUUGGCUUUGAUACAAUUGGAAAAUAUGUGUACACAUAUAUGAAAAGUUGCUACAUAUGUAUAUGCAUAUUUCUAUAUAUUAUAUUUCUAUAUACACAUGCGUGUGUAAAAUCUAAAGGACUUUUCUGGUGUAAAAAAAAACAACAUCAACAAAAAAAGAGAAACGUAUUAUAUAGAAUGACUUGAAUGUUUAAGAAUAAUACAAAAGAAACAUUUCAAAUAUUUGAAUUCUUUUCCUUCUGAAACAAACGACGAGUAACAUAUGUUAGUCCCCUGUUCGAGGGUACGGAACUAAAGACUGCAUGAUAUUUUUGCUAAAAGAAAAGAUCGCAAGAGAAAAAGAACGUCUCAUCGGCUUUUUAUCGAUACUGUAAUCAAGCUCUCCCAACCGCAGCUCAUGAAAUCAGAAGUGGCUUGUGCAUUUCGGGGCAUCGGCCGAGCAGGCCCCCAGACCCGAUCCACUGCUUUCCCCAUCCCCAUGAAAGAGAUUGACGGAAAUGUCCGUUUCUACACUGUACAGCAGCCUCUUUUGGAAUUAUGUGUCAUUCCUUGAUUUUGCAAGUGACAAGUGUUCUCUUUAUCGGACCUCUCAGCUCUGGUCAAUGGUUUACACUGGACGGCCAUCAUGAGUUUUAACCAAUGCAUCCUGCCCAGAGUCAGUAUGUUUCAUUUUUUUCCCUUCUCUCUUUUUUGCAGAUUCUCCUUUUUUCGGUUUUGGGCUAAGGGUUUAAUCCCAAUUUUUUGGAGGGCAUCACCUAAACAUGUUCUAGAGGUAGUUCAUUAAUAGAUACCACCGGUACGCUUCAUUCAUUGGGAAUUUCAGAAAACAAAGAAAAAACAAAAAAGAGUACAUUCAUUCAUUCAGUAGCCUUAUUGACAUGGUCAGGUAGUGUUGCUGUUCUUUCUUUACUCUUGUUCCUAGUGCAUUCCAUCUGUUCUAUUGAUACAGUAUUCAUGAACAUCUUGUAGAGCUUUGUGUUGUUUGGAAUGGAGGGAAACCCUUAGUGAGCUGUAACGUUUCUUUAGAACUUGGAUUUGAAGUUAGUCCAACUAUGUGAAAAUGUACAAAAUAAGGAAAGAAAAGAUUAUUGUGUAUUCAACAGGGGAUGUGACCAUGUUUUUAUCUGUUUCAUGUUUAAGUCGACCACUCGAACCAUAGUGUGACCUGAUAUUGUAUAUAUUCAGUCAUUGUAGUGAUCCAUCCUGAGAAUGAUAUACGCUGAUGUUUUUAGUUUCUCUAAAAUGUGCCUGUCUGAAACCUGAAGGAUGUGUCCUCAGUUCAUCAAUCAGUGAAAGAGGGCCAAAUGACCCUUGAUCUUUGACCUUUCACUUUAAGCACUGCAGACCCACCCACAGCUCUGACGUUUUGCAUCUUGGGAUUGAAUCUCAAAGAUGAAUGACAUCAGCAUAAUCAGGAGAAAAAAAAAAAAAGCUUCUGAGUCUUUUCGGGGCAAAAUGACAUGUACGAUAAAAGCCAUGAACUGAAGUGACAACCAAAAAGGCCUAUAAUCCAUUUCUCUUUUUACCAUUAACCUCUGAUUCACCCACCACCAUUUCUUUUGGGCUUCACCUCAUUAUGAUUUACCUCAGCUUCAUUGACACUGAGGUCACCAGAUCUUUCUCUAUCUCCAGGUGACUGCUCAAUUUCAUAUAUCAGUUCAUCUACCAUCCACGUUCGUUUCUGGUAGUGUCUAGAUGUCUCACUGCUCGGAGCAGUUCGGUUGAGGAGAAGCAUUCCAACAGAUGCUUUUCACGGCAAUGUUGGAUCAGUUCUUGAAGAUGCGACUGAGAACUGAACUGCUGAAUAACUGAGCAAGGGGACAUUUAAAAGGAAAGAGGGUCCGGUGGUGGUUUGAGAACACGAGAGCCUUGAAUUUGCUUGGGUUACCUGAGAAGGAUCAUCUGAGCAGGCCUCAGACCUCAGAUCUCAGCAGAUUCCCUUGGCUCUCGACCCCCACACCACUCGGGAAAGUGUGGACCAGCCACCAAAUCACCAACAGAUCAUUCAUUCCAUGGAGAAACAAAGGAAUCAGGGAAAUCCGAAGGUAUAGGAGGCUGUACCUCAAGGUAUUUGAGUCAGUCAGCAGAUGACCGUAGGAGCACGUUUGAAGGAUUUCCACUUAAUGUGUUAUUAUAUUUGUUAUUGUGAGCACGACCAUAACACCUGUGCAAGGGAGCCAGUACUCUCAAGUGCAAAGCAAGACAUGCACAGUUGCAUGCACAGUGUAGCAAUUAAGUUAAGCGCAAAUCUGCACUAAAAGAGGAUGGAGGUCAGAGUGCUUUUCUUGAGAAACCCUAACUAUUAUGAGUGUUAUGGGGGUGCCUUGGCCAGUUACAACUCCCAGUAGGCAUUCGAGAUGCUGCAAUGCUUUGCCAAUGAAGGCUCAAAGGCAGAGUAGUUAGGUACACACAUUUAAUCUUUAGCGUUUAGAUGUGCAUUUACAAUGUAGAUCAGACCUUUAAAGCUACAAUAUCGGUCCACCUCUACUAGUGCAGUGUUGUAGACAAGUGUAGUGAUAAGUUGAAAAUGCCAACUGCACCAUUAGCCAACGUUUCUCUUAAUGUAUUCCGGACCAGAUUUUUUUUUUUUUUUUUUUUUUUUUAUUGUUUUCUUCUUUUUCUUUUUGAGACUGGAAAACAUAGUCUGCUUUGCCUUUGACAAAUUGGAAAGGUGGAAAAGUGGCACGACGUCUAAGUGGCAUAUCUAUUUAAGUUUAUUAUCAUUUGAGCGCCAGUCACUAUUUACUGAUAAAGACUGCACAAUUAAAAGGAUGUUGAUAUAUUUUUGUAUCAGAUAUUACUGCUCUAAGUUAUCAAUCAGUGUUAAUAGGUGCUCUAAUUGUUUCCUUAGUGUGACUAACAAUAGAGAAAAAAGUGCAUACAGUAUCAUAACCUGUGGUUCGGUAUAUUAUCCAUGAGAAUAAUUAGAAAUUCUUAGUAGUAGUUUGUACAAGAGGUUCAUAACUAUAUACAUAUAUAAGUUAGCGACCAUUUGCUACAUAGCUUCAUUACCUUCUAGUAGACUUGCUGGCACUAUGCAGUCUUUUUCGCUAAUGCUCAGUUUAACGUUCCACAGGGUAAUCUGAAACAUUAUUGGUCCAUGCGUCCUGACCAAUCACGAUAGGCAAGGGUUGAAUUUCUCGAUAGCAAGGGGGAUUAGAGAAAUGCUAAUACAGCCAUACUGUGCCACUGAGACAUGUUGGAUGUUGAAUUUGUGCAAAUGGAUAUUGUGUUGAUCAUCAACAUGUUCUUGUAGCACCAGCACUCUGCUUAUUCACAGUGAGCUUACACCUAGGACAGAUUUUUGGUAAGAUUCUGGUUGGUGGGCAUUCGUCCCUGCAAGAUUUGCCUUAACGAGAUCACUAAGCAUUUUUCAUGAAAUAUUUCUGAGCAAUACAAUGCAAAUACAACAAAGUUCAUGAGAGAGUGAUUCUCUUUCAACUCAAUUCAAGCCUUAAACAUGGUUAUAGAGCAUUAUAAUUUGAUCAUUGGACAUUUGGGGUACAAUUCAGUUCUAGAACCUAGAAAAUAUAGUGAUAAAUCAGUUUCCUCAAAUGUCUCACCCGGGUACUCUGGCUAUGUUUCCACUGCUUAACCUCAGAACCCCAAAAUGUUUACUAAAUAACUAAAUAUUUACAGGUUUAGAAUUCCUAUGUCUCACUUUCAUAAUUACACCUCUAUCUUACAAAUUGUGAACUCAUUAUUAUUAUCUAUGCCUUUUUAUUUUUACUUUAACUUGACAGUUGUGUUCCAGUUAUAUAUAUUUUAACUGGGCGAACUCCUAGUUACAAUUUUAUUUCUCGUAAUCGUAUUAAACAAUAUUUCAACAUUUUAUCCAGGUUAUUUGGUUCUGAGUUUUGUAAGUGGAAACUUGGAUAUAUAUGGUAAUUCACACCAGAAAGUAUGGUAUGGAUAACCUAUAAGAAAAAAAAAUGCACGGAUUACAGAUUACAUGGCAAGAAGUAGUACAAUAUUAUUCCCACAACAUGAAGGGUUUACAUGUAGCCCAAAUGCUAAUUUCUUUAUAGCCUGCUUGACCUGUUUGCUAAGUCUGCAACCUACUGCAGUACAAAGACAUAGCUCCAUCGAAUAUCUACAAUGGCACAAGUUGCUGUUUUAGAAAUAGCUAUCAGGUUAAUCAUACAUUCUCACAUAUGUUUCACCGAAGGAGAGGCGCAUGCAACAAACCAUGCUAGCAUUUUAGCUUUUGAUUUGAAAGUUUAGUUACACCGUAGUGCUAGGAUAGAUAAAUUGUCGUUGAGACCAAUUUGCCAGUUUACAUGGGUCAUUUGGCCAAAAUACUCAGAUAAAUGUAGCAGCACUGAGUUGAGAGUUGGUAGUUGACUCAUGGCAGUCCAUGUUAAAUUAGCUCUCUUUAGUAAUCUUAAUUUCAAAAUCGCAAAGUCUACAUCAGUACUUAUUCUGCAUGAUUAGCGACUUUAUAUUCAAACAACCUGUGUCUUUUGUUGUGUAUUUUAUUUAUUUUUUAUGAAAUUAAUCAAAUUUGAAGGUCGGUGGCUCUGUUAUCAGAAUGUGUCGGAUAUGUGGGUUUUAAAUUGUGAUAUAAAUUGCUGCUAAUUACCACUUUUAGCUAGUGAUGCACAAAACAGCGUUCAGUUUUGACCACUUUAAUAUACAUGUGUCAUUUCUAGCUUUCUUUGCCACCUUAAAAACUGUGUUUGUUUGAAAAGAAACGGGCCCUUCGUGUCUAUAUUCGCAACUAAUCUUGCACACUCUCUUAAGAAUAGUGGCUCAGCCGUAGAUACACUGUUGCAGACUCCAUCUAUUAAGAUGGAUAUUAUUUAGGAAAUAACGGGCCGGGAAUAGCAUUUAGAAUAACAUUGUGUCAAGGUAGCAUACUCUUGAGCACCGAUGGGAUUGUUGGCCUUUUUUGGAGAAUGUGACUCAUCGUAAUUUUAAAGUAUGAUUUCUUCUGUGUAAUUUGCUAUCUGGUUAGGGGAUAGGGGGCACAUUUUCCUUUCGCCUUGCACUUUGCUUUAGUUCUAGGAGAACGUGCUGUUUGUUCAUGUUUUUUGUCCUUUUUUUAAAACAGCUUUGCACAACUUACGGCGGGGGGUGGGAGGGUUUGACAGAACUCAACGAGGCUAAUGCGUUCUGAUGACAACGAAGGACAUAACUAUCUACGCACUUCACACAAAAUCACCCCAUAUGCUCACUUCCGCAUUUUCAUACCAUUGACAUAACUCGACAAAUCAUCGAAUAGCUUUUACUCGAGUACAUCGUUUUUUGUCUUUCGCAACAUCCACCCAUGAAGCAGGAGAAAAGGAAGUACAAAAACUGUUGAACUGAUUUUAAUGUGAAUUUUCUUGCCUCUUGUGUAUAUGUGUAAUUACAUGUGAAUUGUAUUGUAAAUAUGAUAUCUUUCACUUAUAUUUCUUAAUGCAUGAACAAAACAGGGCAGUUGGUAAUAACAGCUAGCCUCAAUGCUACUGGCAUGGACAGCUUUUACAGCACCGGCAUAACUUCUGCAAACGGAACCUAUCUCUGAAAAAAAAAAAAGAAAAGGAGAAAAACUCACACGGUUUUGUUUUGCAUGUCUCUUUUCGGAAAGGUUUAUUUUCGUAAUUUCUUUUCUAUCCUAAAACUGGCCACUCAUAUCACCCUCACAUACGAAGAAAGAAAGCUUUUUGCUUCUUCCUGUGCACAGAGAUCGAACCAAACACUGUAAAUCUUAAAUUAAAAAUAGAGAACAAAAAAAGAAACGUACUAUAUCAGAAAAGGAAAGCUAUGGAGAAUACGAUUCAUGGAAUCAUCACUUAAAAAAAAUAAAAAGAUGUAUGCGAAGAUAUGCACAUUUUCAUUCCUCUCUUGCUUUUUUGUAUAUCACAUACGGAGUAUAGACACACCUAUUAAGCCAUUAGUUCAAAGUAGACUAGACCUGCUUACAUCUCGUUGAGCAAAACAGCAAGUUAAAGUUUCAUGCCAUGAGAAUGCAUGACUGGCAGAGCAAAUUCUUAGAGUUUGUUGAAAUGUAUGGGCCAGUGACUUUGCUGUGCUGAUAUUUUUAUUUGAUUUUUUUUCCCUUUGCGCCAGGAUAGCGUUACUGAUAUAGCGAAUUAUAACACAUAAACACAGCUCACUCAAGCAAAAGUACUAACCUGAAGAGAAAAUCAUCCCAAAAACUAAAAAAAAAUUGGCAAAUAUCUAGGGCAACCACCUCAUACCUAAUUUGAAAAUUCAAUUGCUAUUCAGUACUGUUUCGUUUCAUUUCUACUUGCCUGUAUUUGUUGUAUUCUUUAAAUGAAUUGUUAACUCUUAUUGUUGAUGUUUUCUCAUAGAAAGGAAAUAUAUUUCUACUUUACAUCCUGCCCUGAAAGUAAAAUGCAUUCUGUUUUUGUGUUGUACUGGUUUUGUUCUCAUUAAGCUCUUGGUUUGAUUCUGUUGAACUAUUGAGGUGUGAUGAUUUUUGAUGAUCCAUUUGGGGGUAUGAUUUGUCUUCAUGAAAUCAACAUUUGUAAAGUAUAUGGUUGUAUUCUCUUCUUUUUUUUUUCUUUACUUUUUCUUUUUUUCUUUCUUUCUUUUAUUUUUGUCAGUGCCAAUUAAUGUAAUGGUGUCGGUCAGCUUUUCUAGGUGUUUGAGCAAAAUGUGUUUUUUACUAAUACAAGAUGUUACAGUAUGUGGUACAAAAAAAGGGUUAUAAGUAACCAACUGACUUUUUACAAAUAAAGGCUUAUACAGUAAA